GCUGUCCUUGUUCCACACCAUGCCUUUUCCAAAACCCAAUACCACAACAACAACUCCUUCACAUUCACAGUAACUCUCUCAUCUUUCUCUUUCUCUCCCUUGGUUUCUCUGGGCAAUGGCUACUCUGCAAUCUCUUGCCUUCUCCUCUCCACUCUCUCACUAUCUACAUCAGCCACGCUCUUAUUCAGGUAAGGUAUCUUGGACUGUCCAAGCAAGUUCAAACUCCACAUUCAUUGGCCAGUCUUUGCAACUGACUCGCCCUCGGUGGUCUCGACUUAGACAGAAUGCUAAAGUGCCUGGUUCCAUGAUAAUGAUGGUGAAGCCAACUAUCCAAUUCAUCCAAGGAACUGAUGAACAGACAAUACCAGACGUGAGGCUAACCAAAUCAAGAGACGGUACUAAUGGAAUGGCUAUAUUCAAGUUUGAUCAGCCCUCAGUUUUUGACUCAUCUGGUGAAGUUGGUGACAUAACUGGCUUCUACAUGAUUGAUGAAGAAGGGGUUCUUCAGUCAGUUGAUGUAAGUGCUAAAUUUGUCAAUGGAAAGCCUGCUGGUAUUGAAGCUAAGUAUAUAAUGAGGACUCCACGAGAUUGGGAUAGGUUCAUGAGAUUCAUGGAGCGAUACUCUAAUGAGAAUGGCUUGCAAUUUAUUAAAAAAUAAGAUGUAUGUCCUCUUCAUUAGCUUUCUUUAUUUAUUUUUAUCAUCAAGCCAAGUGAAACUUUGGGAAUCCUGGUUCCCAAGCAAGUACUUCACUUUGAAUUUGAAAUCAACCAAUUUUGCUGUUCUUAGUAAUCCAUAUUCUCAUUCUUUUAA